AGUUUUUUUCUUAUAUUUGAAUUGGGUCAUUAUAUAAGAUCCAUGGGUCUUAGGCGUUGGGCUCCCCUAAUUAUCACCCCACAAAAAUAUUAAGAGAGGAAGCCUCUGUUUGCUGAUAAAGGGGAAACCCGAAGCUAAUAGAAAGUGAAACAAAGAGAGAGCGAGAGAGAAAAUAUGGGUGUGGAGGAAAAUCUCAAAUCUUUGAGCAUCAGUGAAGAAGGGAACAAGAACCCUAACCCUAACGUAAAAGAGGACGAAGAGGAGGAGCCGGAGGAAGGUGAGAUCGUAGGGGAAGAGGAUGAUUCGACGUCGUCUUCCUCAAAGAAAGGUGUAGUUGAGCAGCCCCACCCGCUGGAGCACUCCUGGACCUUCUGGUUCGAUAACCCAUCUGCCAAAUCCAAGCAAGCUAUAUGGGGUAGCUCUAUGCGACCUAUUUACACUUUCGCCUCCGUCGAACAAUUCUGGAGUCUUUACAAUAACAUACAUCAUCCAAGCAAGUUGGCUGUGGGAGCAGACUUUCAUUGUUUCAAAUAUAAAAUCGAGCCAAAGUGGGAAGACCCUGUCUGUGCUAAUGGAGGAAAGUGGACUGUAACUUUGCCGAGGGGGAAGUCAGAUACGUGUUGGCUGUACACGUUGCUGGCUUUGAUUGGAGAACAGUUCGAGUAUGGUGAUGAGAUCUGUGGAGCAGUUGUCAGUGUGAGAGGCAGGCAGGAAAAAAUAGCACUGUGGACCAAGAAUGCUGCCAAUGAAACUGCCCAGUUAAGCAUUGGAAAACAGUGGAAAGAGUUGCUUGAUUGCAACGACACAAUAGGCUUCAUAUUUCAUGAGGAUGCAAAGAAGCUUGACAAAGCUGCCAAGAAUCGUUACACCAUAUAACUUGUAUAGAGUUCUCUACUAGAUGCUGAGCGGACGCCCAAUUGCUUUUCAGGACGCGUGAAGCACUUGUGGCCUUUCUUUUUGCCUCUGUUCGCAUUCUCAUUUGUUUCUCUUCUGUCUGUUUCUACAAGAACGUUUAGCUAUAUCAGCGAAUGUUAUACUGCACUCCUUCAAAAUUUCGGUUUGACCAUUCAUAGGAUGCUUAUCAGUUACGAGUCCUUUUUGUUCUAUGGUUUUGGAAACAAUGCCUCCUGUGAUAUUUAUCUCUUAAUCUUGCUAAAAGGUAAUGACAGGGUUACCCUUUCACUUAA